GUUGCUUCAACUUUGUUUGCAGACCGAUGUUAUCAUCGUAUCCCAUCUAAGCGGGAUAUAUUCCCUUACUUGCCUUUCCCGGAUUGACUGUAAUUCCUUUAUCCAAGCGUAACUUCUGUUACGUUACGUUCACCAUGAAGACGCAAGUAAUGGAAAAUCGUCACAAUCUCGCCAACUUCAUUCCUAAAUCUGAGGCGUGUAAUUCCUUUGAAUCACGGGAACUGGCAGAACAAGGAAAAAUUGAUCCCGCUGGUGUCGGAGCAGGGUCUCAAUCUUCUAGUGUUUCAGCUCCUUCUACAGAAGAUUGGCCAGGCAAGCACAACUUCACCAUUUCCUUUAAAGAAAAGGGUACUCAGAAUGGAAAAAUCCAUUCUUGGUUGUGGUCUGAGGAGCUGCAGAAAUUAUUCGUUGAGAUGAACAAGCCAUGUCCCUUCGACGUAAAAGCAACAAAUUAUUUGAACGAGCAGUUGUUCGUCCGUGCAUUACCUCUUUAUACUACUGCUACAAAUGUCCUACGAGUCGUCAAAAGGUGCCCAAAUCAUGCAUCAUUGGAAGACGCCACGAACAUCGGUAAUGGGUUCUUAAGGUUGGCUAGAGCAUGUUCGUUCAACAAAAUCGCUUUUGAAGAUGUACCUGAACAUUGGAGACAGCAUCUUAUCCGUGCUGAGUGUGGUUCCGCGGUUUAUGAAGAAGACCCUGAAAGUAAAAGGCUAUCUGUGAAACUCCCGCUUGGGCGUCCUGAACCCGGUGCAAAUUGGACUACACUUCUAUUCAAGUUCAUGUGCCUUGGAUCUUGCGUUGGCGGAAUCAAUCGUCGGGCUUUGCAAGUUAUUUUUACUCUGGAAACUGCUUCCGGAGAGGUUGUCGGCAGACAAUGUAUUGGAGUUCGCAUCUGUGCAUGUCCAUCGCGGGACCGGAAAGUCGAAGAAAGGAAAUUCGAAAUGAAUACGACAGGAGAUCUAGUGAUAGGUAUUCCAACCGGGCCUCAUCAUUUACUACCGCUUUCUCGAAAACGAAGCGGUUCCGUCAAUUCCAACCCAAGUCUGAACCCUGUGGGACAGAGGGAUUUUUUGUGCCCGAAAGCGAAACCGAAAAUCGAAAAUUGUUAUGAUGAUAAUGUUUAUAUCAUUAAGGUACGUUGUUAUGCGAAUUAUUUGCUUCUCAAAGAAAUUGCGUUUGCCCUUGAAGUCAAGCAACACGCCUCGGAGAUGUACCCCAAUUUGAUUGAUGAAAUAGGAUCAAUGUUUGGGGAUAACGAGAGGCUAAUGGACGAGUUCCCUGAGAAGGACUUGGCUUGCAAACGAGCAGCUAACGUUUGUUCUAGCACGCCAUCCUCGAACCCAGCGUCAGGCUGUGUUUCGCCCGACUCGGAAGCUCAACAAUCUUUUCCGCCCCCUCAUCCUCACAACAACCUCCUUGCUGCAUCAAAGGCUGUGGAAGCUGAGCGGAACAAACUGAAACGCUCCAUGUCGCAUUGCGCGUCCAUGUUGACGAAUCCUAGGGUAACGCAAUCGGGUCAGACACCCAUGAAACAAGUGUGUCGGCGCCCUGACGAAGGGAAGAGUGGCGAAGUCAAGAAUAACGUAAACUCGUCGUCGACGACGUCAGAAGAGGGGAAAUUGUCCGGGUCUGACGGACUAUACAUUCUUGCCGAACAAGCGGACAGGUUAGCGAGGGAUUCUUCUGGGUCAGAUAAUUCACGGUGCACGUCGCCGGAGUUGAAGGGAAUUCGUCUGCGUGCUUCUUCCAUGUCAGCUACUGACGUGAAGUAUAGGGAACGGAUUCUUCAUGCUCCCACAAUGAAGUCGUGUCAGGUGCAGACUGAAGCGAAAAGAACGGAGGUGAAGACGCCACAUCUUAGCGGAAGACCUUCUCCGCCGCUUCCAUUGUACAUUGCGCGAUUGAAGCAGGUACCGGUGCAGGUGAAGCCGCAGCAGCAGCAACAACAUCAAAGGCCAUCUCAUUCCGUCUGCAUAGAAGUUGGGUCACCGGGGACGGGUCCUGGAAAUAAAACUCAAAAAGGAGAUUUUCCGGAUAGCUGCCAACCCACCAUGAAAUCAUUCAUGGAAAGCCUAGGAAUGGGAGACUUCUGGUUGAAUUAUUUUGAGAAUCGACCUCAGUAUCAAUCAUGGUCUGCCACUGCAUUCGCGUGCUGGAGUGAAGAAGAUUUCGGUCUCUUGGGGAUCGAGAAACGAGUGGCGCAAUUCUUGAUUUCCAAGCUGGCGAGAUUCAAACCGGUUCCAGAUAAUCCCUCGACAGGGACGACCGUCGUUUACUUACUCAGUUUGCAUUCAAAUAUAUUCACCCCACGCGAAUAUCAAGUGGAGUUGGUCAAUUGCGCUAUCCAGCGUAACAUAAUCGUGUGUCUUGGUUCAGCGACUGCCAAGUUUUUCAUCGCCACCAGCGUCAUUCGAGAUCUGGGACAUCAAGUCAGAGACAAAUCUGAAUGUCCGAAAUUUACGAUCGUCCUUGCCGUGGAUGAUAGCGGUGUAACGCAUUUCAUGCGUUGCAUUAAUCGCACGUGUAAUUUGGCUGUGGAGUCGUGCCUUAUGGAAGGGAAUCAAGCAUCGGACGUGUUGGUCACACUCACCGAUAUUUUUCUCGAACUCCUCAAGAAUCGUUGGUUAAGCGUGAAAGAUGUUAAUCUGCUCGUGCUGGACGAUUGUCACAACGCCGUUUACGGCAGCGAUUUGGCUAAAGCAUUGCGGUCAUUCACAGUAGAAAGCCAUCAUUUUCCGUCAGUACGACUUCUAGGAUUGACUGCUAGCAUAUUGGGGAAGGAAGCGGAACCGUAUCAAGUUCAAGAUUGCAUACUAACCAUGGAGCGGGAGCUUGGUAGUCGUGUUGAAGCUGCGUCCGAAAUUACUUCCAUAUUGAGGCUGUCGUCGAAAUGUCGAGAAAUCAUUGUGGAAUGUGAUGAACCACAGGAAUCUGAUCUGUCCAUAGCUUUAAGGAAGGUGGUUUGGGAAGCCAUCGACUUCAUAGAUAAUCACGUUUACAACCCGUGUGCCAUUUACGGAGAAGAAAUGUUGAAGGAAUAUUUUCCGGACAUGCCGGACCCAGGAAAAGAACCGCUGAGUAUCCUGUACAAAUUCCUAGAAAUAUUGGAUUGCUUAGGCCCUUGGGCCGCAUUCACGAUGGCAGUUCAUCUCAUGAUCGAAACUGAGACCCUCAAGAAGAAAACUCCGCAUGAAAGACACUACCUCUUGCUCUGCGUCGUUUUUACAAUUCUCGUUAAAAUCCGAGCUAUUUGUGAUGACGCGUUCAAAGCUUUCAGUCCAGUUGAGCGAGUUUUUCGCUUUUCGUCUCCUCGGACCCGGAGGCUUAUUGAAAUCUUACAUCAGUACAAAUUGUCGGAAGCUGCUGAGGCCUCUUCAGACAUUUUUAAAGAUAUGAAAGUUGCUAUUGAGAAGCCCGUGCGUGGAACCGGCAUUUCCAUUGAAUUUGCGAAAACAUUCGCCACCGAAAAGCCCCGUCAACCAAAAUCUUUGCAAUCUCUCUCUUCUCGUUUGCUCAAAACGAAUAAUGUGCCGUUAUCGAAUAAGCUGCUUCUGUGUCUUGAUUGGUUGCAAGUUCUCGGAGCUUCAGGACGUGUGACGGAUGUUGUGGAAGUGAAAAGUAGUGAAGAUGAAGCGGAAGGCGCAGAGCCAAAUACUCGUUCGAAUUUUCACACUCGUCGAAAACGUCGGAAGCACAAACGUCAUGAUGUCGAAGGAGUGGGUAAAACUUCGAAAACUACCGAAAAAAUGGACCGCAUCAAGUCUUUCUACGAUCCCGAAAAUCCUCGUUGUCUCUCCUGCCUCGUUUUUGUGGACAAAAAAUGCAUUGCGAAAGGGCUGUUCCACAUCUUACGUGAACUUAGUUGUCAUCAUCCAGAUUUUUGGAUGAUGAUGCCGUUAUUUACUGCCGGGAAAACGAGUGGAGAACCCGUUGAUUUUGUGUCAAGGGAAGCUGAAAUAGAUCACAAGAAGCAGGAAGAAGUUUUGCGUCGCUUUCGAAUGCACGAGUGUAACGUACUCGUUUCAACAUCGGUUCUUGAAGAAGGAGCGGACAUUCCACGAGCGAAUUUGGUUGUUCGGUUCGAUGUGCCUUCUAAUUUCCCGUCCUAUGUGAAUUCCAUGGGACGCUGUCGAAAUGUGGAUGCAAAUUAUGUCCACUUAGUGAUAAAAAGGGACUUGGAGUCCUACCUGAACGCAGUCGCAAAAUACCGUGUGAUGUCAGAGAUUCUUCUGGGCCGUUGCUAUUAUCAUGAGACACCUGUCGACAACGAAGUCAACAUGGAAAAGGUUGACAGCAUAUUCCCUCCUUACAUUCCUGGCGAAGAACUGAACGUACAUUCACUGAAAAAACGUGAAUCCCGGGAUCCCUCUCGAAAAACCUUACCCAUGUCAAAAGCGGUCGCAUUGGUUAAUCGUUACUGUGCGAAGCUUCCGAGUGACACGUUUACGAGACUCACGCCACUGUGGCGGUUGGAGAAGAUUCAAGUCAAUGGCUUGGUGCACAGCUGCUUCAAGUGUUCCCUGCGGCUUCCGAUCAAUUGUCCAUUCAAGGGAGAAGUUGAGGGACCGGUGAUGCCCACAGAAGGUUUAGCCAAAAUGGCAGCUGCUCAAAACAUGUGUCGGGUUUUACGCGAGCAUAACGAACUGGACGAGAGUCUAGUUCCUGUUGGGAAGGAAGCGUUUCGAGAUCUGGAUAUUGAAAUAGACUCGAGUGACGAAGAAGUUGGCGAUAGUUCGCGUCCGACAGUGGAUAAAGCCGGGGACCUUCCCAAGGAGGAACGCCCUCGACCUGGGACGACGAAGCGUCGGCAGUAUUAUUAUAAAAAGGUUUCAGAUGUUUUCAAGGACAGUACUCCGGAAAAAUCUCACGCUGUGAUGCUGUACAAAUUGGCUUUAAAGCUGGCAUGUCCUAUACCCGAGGAGCACAAUACGAGAGGGCGGAGAAUCCAUGCACCCGAAAGUGCCGUGCAGACGUUUGGUGUUCUCACAACGCGCCCCAUUCCAAAUAUAAGUGGUUUCCCUAUUUUCACUCGCUCUGGUGAAGUAGGAGUGAAGGUUCAUCUCAUUACGGAUACCAUGCGUUUGACUGAGGAAGAGCUCGCCAAAGUUUCACAUUUCCAUGUGUUCACGUUCAAGGAAGUGCUACGUUUGGAGAAGUAUCCCAUGAUGUUCGAACCUCAUUGUGCAGACAUGGGCUUCUACGUCGUUCCUCUCAUCAGUGGAAGCGGCAACAUAGAUUGGAAUUUUGUUGAGCGGAUCCACGGUGUGUUUGAAAUACGGCCAAAGCAUCGCCCUGAAGAUGACAGAAAAAACUUCGUGAUGGACGCGGAUGCUUGGGUGGAUUCCGUUGUCAUGCCAUGGUAUCGCAGUCAGGAUCAACCGCAGUACUUCUAUGUUGCGGAGAUCUGUUCAAGUUUGAAUCCAAGAAGCAGGUUCCCCGAUGAAGAUUUUGAAUCUUUUGAAAAGUAUUAUCUAUUCAAGUACAAAAUUCAGAUUCAGAAUUUGGAUCAGCCUCUACUGGACGUUGAUCUUACGUCGGCUCGACUGAAUCUUUUAACCCCAAGAUACGUGAACAGGAAAGGCGUUGCGUUGCCGACAUGCAGUGAAGCGACUAAGAAGGCUCGUCGUGAGAAUCUUCAGCAAAAAGUGAUCUUGGUUCCUGAGCUCUGUGACCGACAUCCGUUUCCGGCGUCUUUAUGGCGUCAGGCGGUUUGCCUUCCUUGCAUUCUCUAUCGCAUGAACUGUCUCCUUCUUGCUGACGAACUUCGAUCCCGUGUAGCUGCCGAUAUGAAAUUCGGAUUGGUCUCCGUGCCGACCGCUGGAUUUGAGUGGCCCGAGUUGGGAUUUGGUUGGAGCCUUGCGGAUGUCAUCAAAAAGCAGAAAGAAAAAGUUGCGGCAAGAGAAAAAGAGCGAUGUGAAAAAUCAAAAGCCAUUGAAAAAACAAUUCCUGAAAUUGCUGCUUCUCUUGUUGAUCAAGAAUCAGCUGAAGCAUCCCUAUCAGAGGACAAUGACGCGAAAAGCGAUCCAGAUAUUGUUUCAGAAAGCGUCGAAAGUGUGGACUUGUCUGAAGUCACCCCGGAAGUAAAGGAAUGCCCGAUAUCCGCCGAAGUGGUGCCUUCUGUUGAAAACCUUGAGUGCGAUGGUCCAGCAGUGGAUGUAGUUGAAGACAUUCAGUGCAAUGGUCAAGCGUCGGAUAUAGCCAAUGUUGAGGAUAUAGCGGAUAUAGAAUGCGGAGCAGUGUCAAUUUCGAACGGAGAAGAUGGAAAGAUUGAACCGACUCUGGCAGAUAAGGAGAAGCUUCGCGUUGCCCUCAAGAAUAUGAUGGAAAUUGGUACCUGGUCGAAUGAGAUGGCUGAUCGUUCAGCUAAAGACGGAAAGGAUGAACUGAACGGCAGUAUAGGCGGAGAAUCUGACGACGAACUGGACUUCUACGAUUCCUCGAUUUCUCUGCCCAUGAACUUGGAAAUGAUUACUCGUGUGGACGAUGCCGUGUCCAAUUCGAACGUUAUCCAAUCGACAUUCAGGUACGGGUCACCGAGUAACUUCGAAACGGGCGGAUGGGGAAGUCUGGGUGACGCUGGUGACGGCUGGGGUGAAGCGGAGGCGUCGAUUCAUCCUUGGGGUGUGCGCACUUCAAAUUGGGACUCAUUGAUGAAAGACCUGGAUGGAAUGAUGGACUCGAGCGAGUCUGACUGGGGUGACGAAGACGAAGACGACUUUCCAGAUAUUGAGUUCAAAGACAGCAACACUGCCGAGGCGAAGGAUUUUCGUAAUCGAGGCCAAAGUGUCGCCAACGGAUUCACCAACGACUCCGAUAUCUACAUCGAGCCCAGGGAAGAAUUGGACUGGGAAGGACCGACUGAUCUCGAAGAAGGAGACGGGCGAAUGGUUGAAUUGAAGAAUGACGUGGAGAGUCGUGUUGAAGAGAUGAUGCGUCGCUUGAUGAGUGACGAGACGGAAAGCUGCGUUGUUCGUGUCUGCGAUCGUGUGGAGAUGUUCCAAGAUAAGACGCCGAGUUGUGCCUCGAAUAAAUCUUGUACGAUUUUUGAAGACCUUUCAAGUCUGGAAUUGCUGGUGAGGGAAUGUGAAAAUUACGAAAUUGCUCGACGAAGCCGAAAGAAAAGCGAGUCUGUGAACUCAGUGAUGACGGAGGACUUGUACUUCCGCGCACAUGGCGUGAUCACGCCGAGAGGCAUCGAAAAUGAAAAUUGGGUCAAGUUCGAUGACGAAGCGGAUCCGGAUAAACACCCUGGUCCAAAUCCCAGCAUUCUUCUCCAAGCUCUGACGAUGUCUAAUGCGAAUGAUGGCAUCAACUUGGAGCGUCUGGAAACUGUCGGCGAUUCGUUUUUGAAAUUCUCGGUCACCACCUUCCUGUUUCUUUCGUAUCCGGACGUGCAUGAAGGGAAGUUGAGCUACCUGAGAUCAAGACAGGUGAGCAACGUUCAUUUGUACCGUCUUGGCAAGCGACGAGGAUUGGGAGAACGAAUGGUCGCGACCAAAUUCGAACCCCACGACAACUGGUUACCGCCUGGUUACUGCGUACCUCCGGAGCUCGAACAAGCCCUGAUCGAGUCUGGUGUUCCCGAAGCUCACUGGAAUCUCGCUGAACUCCCCGAUUUCACUCGUUUGGACGCUGACGGAAUCCGAGCCGCUGUGAAAGAGAAAUCUGCUGCCAUUUUGGGCAAUGUUGUGACGACGACGCAAACUGAAGUAAAGGAGCUGGAUUUGCCGUGCUUUUUGCCGUACAAUUUGCUCACUCAGCACAGUAUCCCUGACAAGAGUGUGGCUGAUUGUGUGGAAGCCCUGAUCGGAGCGUAUCUCACGUCUUGUGGCAUGCGGGGCGCGUUGUUGUUCAUGUCGUGGCUCGGACUUCGUGUUUUGCCCGUUUUGGAAGAAACCGGCUGUGUCAUGGGAAUGAUGCAGACAAAGAAACAGAUAGAACCAGAGAAAACAAUAUACGGCAUGUGGGAGGUCCCGUGCUCGAACAUGCCGAAAGCUGAAGAACCUCGGAUCAUGUUGGAUGAGUUGCUGGAUGGAUACGAAAGCUUUGAAGAACUCGUUGGCUAUAGGUUUCGGAAUCGAAUGUAUUUGCUGCAAGCUUUCACACAUGCUUCAUUUUCUACGAAUCAUCUGACAGACUGUUACCAGCGUCUCGAAUUCCUUGGAGAUGCUGUCUUAGAUUACCUCAUUACGCGGCAUUUGUAUGAGGACCCACGGAGACACAGCCCCGGGGCGCUCACGGAUCUCAGAAGUGCUCUGGUGAACAACACGAUCUUUGCCUCGUUGGCCGUGAAAUACGAUUUCCACAAGUACUUCAAACACUUGUCGCCCGGGCUUUGGACGGUGGUUGAAAAGUUUGUAGCCAUGCAGGAAGAGAACAAGCAUGAAAUCGCUCCCGAAUUUUAUUGGUUGGAAGAAGAGGAUGUGGAAGAAGCGGAAGAUGACCCACGGAGACACAGCCCCGGGGCGCUCACGGAUCUCAGAAGUGCUCUGGUGAACAACACGAUCUUUGCCUCGUUGGCCGUGAAAUACGAUUUCCACAAGUACUUCAAACACUUGUCGCCCGGGCUUUGGACGGUGGUUGAAAAGUUUGUAGCCAUGCAGGAAGAGAACAAGCAUGAAAUCGCUCCCGAAUUUUAUUGGUUGGAAGAAGAGGAUGUGGAAGAAGCGGAAGAUGUGGAAGUUCCGAAAGCAUUGGGAGAUGUUUUCGAAUCCGUCGCUGGAGCGAUUUACCUCGACUCUGGGUUGUCUCUAGAUGCUGUUUGGACUGUUUAUUAUCGCCUGAUGUGCGAACAAAUAGAACGUUUUAGCUCUUCCGUUCCUAAGUCGCCAAUCAGGGAAUUGCUGGAGAUGGAACCGGAGACUGCUAAAUUUGGGAAACCCGAACGUCUGCUAGAUGGACGAGUUCGCGUAUCCGUUGAAGUUUUUGGCAAAGGUACGUUUCGAGGGAUCGGCAGAAAUUACCGAAUCGCCAAGUCCACGGCUGCAAAGUGCGCCUUACGGGCUUUGAAGAAACGCAACACGUUGAGCACCCUGCGAUGAAGUAUGUGAUAGUUGCCUUUGUUCAUUCUUCAUUUUCGUAAAUUUUUGUUCAUUCCACAUCGACUUCCGCCAAUGUAUUCCUAGUCAGCGAUUUGCAUUUCAUACUGAGCUUUUUGUUGUUUUUUUUUUUUUUCCUUUGUCGACUUCGCGGAAUUUUAGUGGAUGAUGAACAAACCAUUGUGACAACUUCGAAAGUUUUCUACGUUAUAAAAUAGUUUUCUCGUCUGAUCGAAAUUUCAACUCUGCUCAUUCAAGUUUAACGACCGAUAAUAAGAUGGUUGUUUGUUUUACUCAAGUCACGAGGAGGUCUUUAUUUGUGUUGGAAACAAAACGUGCUUCGAUGUGGUUAGUGUGGAAGUGAUCGUCAUUUCUGAAAGAAAAGGAUCUCGAUUGCCGUAUCCCUCUUUUAACAUCGAUUUUGUCUUUAUGAAUUCACGAGAACUUCCGGACUUCACUGAGAUUCAUUGUCAGAGAUACAGGGUCCAAUUUUCAAUUUCUUGGAAGUUUAGCUUUCAUUCAUUGCCCAAUUUAUAACUUUUUUGUUGUACUAACUUCAAUUCAGUACAGCAGUGGUUUUUUGUUGUUAAAGUUAUGGAGAGGUGCAAGUCGUGUAAUGAUUUAUAGAAAUAUUGUAGCUUGGUUCUCGUGUGCUCGGAUUAUCUUCGGCUGUGCGCAUUCGAUGCAGAUGGGAAAUAUCUGUCCAUACUGCUUCAUCGUUUCGAAAAGUUCCUGAAAUGCAGCUGAAAACCCGUUUGUGGCAUUUGUCAA